GGGGGGGGGGGGGCGCAGAAAUUGACAAGACAUUGAAUUUCCAUCGCAUUGAGAAAGGAGAGGCGGUGCGGACGAUCCGGGGCUCGUUGUGUUCUGCCCGCUGGAUGGAUACCGAAAGGACGGGGGACGGCUCUGCUUCCUGGUUGGAAACGUUGAAAUGAACGAAUGUCGCUGGCUGGGAGACGCGGGGUAACAUGACAAAAGGACAAAUCGAAGAAUGUAACCUGGUCAUUCAGGAUUUGAACAUUCAGGUCGCUCUCUUCAGGGAACUCGUCAUCUCCAUCGGCAACGGUUCCUGCGAUAGCCCGGGCGUUCGCCAGCAGAUCCGGGCUGUCAGGGCCACAUGCAAGGCUCUGGCCAAGCAAUCCCAGCAGGUCUGCUCUCCCCUGUACAGCCUAGAAGAUGAAGACUUGCAGCCUGGUAUCUGCAGAAUUCAUAUACUGUUUUAUGGGUGUCUGGAGAUGUUUAUAACUGAAAUGCUUAAAUCGUUAUAUUUAAUGGAAUCUUUUCAAAUUCGAAAAACAGAACAAAUUAUUUGUCCUGUUCCUGGAAUUCCUUAUGAACGUGAAGAGGAACAUUCCCAGGCGCCAUUUCUAGAAGAUGUUACCUACUCAUCGUCUUCACAAGAGCUGGACAUGUUGGCAUGUCACUUAGAUACAGCACUGGAAACGGAAUCUACAGAAAGUGAUAUUCAGGAAAUGCGGUACCUUCUGAGAAAUCUCAGGGACUUCAUACCACAUUAUCUUAAAGUACAGGAUGAAACUUGUUUGUUGACCCCAUCUCCCACACAUCCAGAAAUUCGGAGGAAGAAGAUCAAGUGUGGAUUAUGUUGUAUAAAGAAAUAAUUUGCUGUGUCCUUCAAUUUUUACUAAUACAGUAAUAGCUUAGGAUAAUUGGAAUCAUAGAUAUUUACAUUUGUUAAAUAUAUUUGAUUAUAAAACAUUCACUGGACCAAGUGCAAUAUAAAAGAUAUUGCAUUAGCCAUUUUAAUCUGUUGUGUAGAGUAAUUACCAGUGUGUAAUUGUGUUAUAUCUGAAUAGCGCUCAGGCAUUUUAGAUUCUUAAAAUGCUAUGAUACUGCUAUUCAAUGCUGUGCUGUCUUCUAUGUGCCUUGCUAUUCGACUAAAACCCUCCCAUCUAUGUUGACAUGAAAUAUAAAAAGCAUUCAUUUUCUUACAAGUGUUGACUAAACUCCAAUUAUUGACUUGUUGUACAGACCAAUUUGAUCAGUGAGGUGUGAUUAAAUAAAGUUUAUU